AUGUCCACCCGACGGAAGCGCGAGGACAGCGUGUUCCGGGCCAUGGCGGGAGCUCGGCGCCCGCUCAGCCGGCUCCCCUUGCGGCCCGAUCUCGGCUCCGCUCCUCUCGCGCCGGCUCCGGCUAGGGGGCGGGAAGCGGCCGCCCCGGCUCCUCCAGCGCCUCCUCCACCGCCUCCGCGCGCAGCCGCCGCUGCCCGCCCACUUCCGGCACACGCCGGAUCCGGAAGCGCUGUCAGGGGCGGGGCGGAGCCCGGCGCCUGGAGAGUGUUCGAGGGUCUCCGCGGCCGUCCCAACCACAGUGUACCUUCUGCCUUGCCUCAGUUUUCCCGCUGGGGAGCGGGUGCCCAGUAUCCAUGCAGGCCCCGCAUCGUGUGCGCCGUAACUGCACUCGUUCUCCGGGUUUCCCGCGCCUCCGAGGAGCCCCUGUCUCAGCAAGGCCCAGCGCGGCCUGCCGGGCUGAUCUCUGCCCCGACAGGGGAACAUCGGGCUCCUGGGAGAAGGGUCGCGGCUCUACUUGUCGAGCCCCGGACAAGCUUCUUGGAGAAGAAACCUUCGAGCUGAUGUCUGAGCACCCCCAGACUACCGGCGCCCAACUCAGAGCUGCCCAGAUUGGGAGAUCUGCAAGUUUUCCCAAGUGAAUGAACAAAUGAAUGAAUGAACGAAUGAAUGAAUGGACGAAUUCGAGUUCUCCGUGUGCCAUCUCUGGUAAGCUACCGACAACGUUGGGCCUCGGUUUCCCCAACUGCGCGCCUAGAGCUGACGCCGACCCCGCUACCGGGGGUGCAGUGAA